GCAGAAUAUCUUAUCCGAUUCACAGAGAGUCUCAUAUUUGGCAUGGAACUGAUGGAAGACACGACAUGGGAGCAGAGACUCCAAGCCCUAACCCACAUCAUAACCAGCCCCACACACGAACCAGGCCUCCACUCUCAACUCUUGAUAGCCACCCAGAUCCCCUGUUACCUGAACUGGGACUACCCUCCAUUCCUGUGCCCCUCCGAUCCCUCCCUCCUCAACAGAUGGGGCUUCUCACUGUUCCUCAGAAGGGUCUUCAGAACGGGUCCCCCUCAAACCUCUUGGAGGUGCAAGUGCCCUUUCCAGCAGCCACCACCACUGAUUCUGGCAGAGGGGGUGGAGGAAGCUCAAUGGGGCCAACAACAGAGAAGGCUAUACGCUAGGAAGAGGCUUUCUAGGAAACCGCUUGGCAGAGAUGUUAACCCACUCAUCCCCAUCCUCGUACCCAAUGUUCUCUUGUUGUCCCUUGUCUUUUGGAGUCCACUUCGCAAUCCAGAUUACAACGAUUGAAGAACAAGAUAGUGCAACAAGCUUCAAGACAUUUUGGAUCAAUGACUUGCAACAUUUUUAAUCCUUUGAAGAUUACAAUGUGUUGUCAUAUAGUAUGGUAGUUUUUUUCUUAGUUUUGCUUUAUUCUCUGUUUUGGAUGUAUGAACUGAUGCCGAGACACCAUUA